AUGAAGGGACUAAAGGAAACUUGUAAAAAAUGUGCCGACCAAAUCAUGGUAAAACCUAUUUCAAUUAUGUCUCAUGAUACUUUGGCUGCAAGAAAAAGGCUAUUGGAAAUUCAUGCUCUAAUGUCAAAACCUAUACCUAUACAAUAUUCAUUUCCUUUAUUUUCAUUUAAUCAUAAUCAAACCUACAUCUUAAAAUAUCUCGGGCUUGUCAAAAAGCUUAUGUUAGAGAAUCAACAUAAGAGGACAGAUAAUCCACAGGUUAUAUCCAAACGAAAUAAUUUUCAAGGAACCCCACCAGAAAGAAAGCCACUUCCAAAACUUCUUUAUAUUCAAAACCCAGUUGUAUGGCUUUCAAAUAAGAUAGAUUUUCGAUUCCUACGUUAUUCAUGGGAUCCUAGCUUUAGUGAAGAAGAAUUUUCGAGAGGUGCUCGGCAGGCAAUAUCUACUGUAACACAGAUGGUGAGUAAAAACAUGUUUGAAAGUAUGAAACCUCUUUUAACCAAAAAUGCAUUAUUAAAUUUACGAAGGGAUGUUGAAAUUUUAUGGGCUGAUGAAGUAAGAAGGAAUAUUGGACUGAAACCAGAAGAUGUUCAACUUAUUAUUCCAAGAAAAAUUUAUUUGAGAAGUUCAACUGAACCAAAAUUGCUGAUUAGAGGAAAUAAACCAGCUUUUCUUACCUUGAUAACUCCUCUUAAGACAGUUACAGUAUCUGAUAAGAGACUCUGUGAUAUAGAUGUCUUAUUUAUCGGGAUGAAAUGGCUCGAAGAACACGCUUUUAACACACCUCUUGUCUUUGUUGACAUUGUUUCCAGAUUCCAUAGAAACUACACUGAUGGAAUGGCCCCAGACUGGACAAUAUCAGCCUUCAAAGUGAGACGUUUCAGCUUGAUUCCUCAGAAACCAUGA